AAGAGAAAAGGAGCGAGAGAGAGAGAGACAGAGAGAGAGAGUGAGAGAAAACUAAAUGUGUGAGUGGAUAUUCAGCCGAGAAGAGUGAGAGAGGCGUGCGCGCACACAAGAGACAGAGAGGGCAGGAGGAGGGAGAGCUGAUCCUCAGUCGGUGUGUGAGGGAACAGACGAAGGAGAGACCUGCUCACACACACUACUAACUCGCUCGCUCUCUCACUCACCCACUCACACACACUCUCAUACACUCUCGCUCUCUUUCUCUCUCUUGCCUGCACGGAGCUCGGGGGGGAAACGGGAAGGGAAGAAUGAGGAAGAAGUCCGCCGUGCUGCGCGCCUCGUCCCAGCGAAUGCGGGUGUGCUGAUGAAGCACCGCUCCGGUCAUCUGAUCAUACAGGUCACCCGGGUCGCACUGCAUGGAAACGAGGAGUCGGCAACCGCAGAAGACAACAGCAACAGAUAAAAAAAGCUGUCAGUGCAUGGGAAUCCGGACUCCUCUCCCCUCCUUUUGUGCGUCUCGCUCGGUGGAUACGCCGUCUUGGCUGGCGUAUAAGAGCUCCCCGCGUCUCCAUUACCAUUCCCCACUACUGGCUUACCUCUACUACUACUACCACCACUCCUCCUCUCACUCCUCGCACUGCUAGUGUUUCUAGUAGAGGUUCCGUGCCGCUUUGAUAACUGACCAUCUCCUCCGGAUUGUGGUCACUCGCUUGAUUUAAAGGUUCAACAUUCUCAUUAAUCAGUGCUGACCUUGACAAAAUGGGCAUCUGGGAUCGCUCCACGUUCUUGUCGCCUGCCCUGAGGCUAGCAGUGGUUGCUGUGAUUCUCCUCCUGAAGGUCCAUCCCUCAGUGGCCGGCGCCCCCCCUGACGCGACUCUGGGUGGCUCAGUUUCGGCGGUGUCCACCAAUAAAACUGAAUGCAGCAAGCCCGAGCAGUGUGAAAAGGGGGUGAUCCUACCUGUGUGGGAGCCCCGAAAUCCAUCGUUCGGUGACAAGGUUGCCCGUGCAACGGUAUACUUUGUGGCUCUGGCCUACAUGUUCCUGGGUGUGUCAAUCAUCGCAGACCGCUUCAUGGCAUCAAUAGAGGUCAUCACAUCACAGGAGAAGGAGAUCACCAUUAAGAAACCCAACGGCGAGACCACCACCACUACUGUCCGGAUCUGGAACGAGACUGUCUCCAAUCUCACCCUCAUGGCACUGGGAUCCUCGGCUCCUGAAAUCCUCCUGUCCGUCAUAGAAGUCAUUGGUCAUGGGUUUCACGCUGGCACGCUGGGCCCCUCCACCAUUGUGGGUUCUGCCGCAUUCAACAUGUUUGUCAUCAUCGGAAUUUGCGUGUACGUCGUGCCUGACGGUGAGACGAGGAAGGUCAAGCACCUUCGUGUCUUCUUCGUCACGGCCACCUGGAGUAUCUUCGCCUACAUCUGGCUCUACCUGAUCCUGUCAGUGAUCUCCCCUGGCGUCGUGCAGGUGUGGGAGGGCCUGCUCACGUUCCUCUUUUUCCCCAUCUGUGUGGUGUUUGCCUGGAUCGCUGACCGCCGCCUGCUGUUUUACAAGUACGUGUACAAGCGCUACCGUACUGGCAAGCAACGUGGGAUGAUCAUUGAGACCGAGGGUGAUCGUCCACUUCCGUCAAAGGUGGACAUUGAGAUGGAUGGGAAGAUGCUGAACUCCCAUGGUGUUGACUUCCUGGAUGGCCCACUGGGUUUGGAUCUUGAUGAGAAGGACCUGGAUGAGGAGGAGACCCGGAGAGACAUGGCCAAGAUCCUGAAAGAGCUCAAACAGAAACACCCUGACAAAGAGGUGGAACAACUCAUCGAGCUUGCCAACUACCAAGUUCUGAGCCAACAGCAGAAGAGCCGCGCUUUCUAUCGAUGCCAAGCCACCCGGCUGAUGACAGGUGCUGGCAACAUCCUGAAAAAACAUGCCGCUGAUCAGGCACGAAAGGCUGUCAGCAUGCAUGAGGUUCGCUCUGAUGCCGGCGAUAACGACCCCAUCUCUAAGAUCUUUUUCGAGCCCGGUUCUUACCAGUGCCUGGAGAACUGCGGCACCGUGGCGGUGAAUGUGGUGCGGCGCGGCGGCGACCUGGGCAAGACGAUUUCUGUGGAGUACCGUACAGAAGACGGCACGGCCAACGCUGGCUCGGACUACGAGUUCACCGAGGGCGUGGUGGUGUUCAAGCCUGGCGAGGCAAUGAAGGAGAUCCGCGUUGGGAUCAUCGAUGAUGACAUCUUUGAGGAGGAUGAAAACUUCUUGAUUCACCUCUCCAAUGUCAAGGUGCUGACGUCAGAAGGCGAGGAGCCCGAGGAAGGAGAGUCGGCUAAUCACGUGGACUCAGUGGCCUGCCUUGGCCUGCCAUCCACAGCGACCGUCACCAUCUUUGAUGACGACCACGCCGGUAUCUUUACGUUUGAGGAGCCUGUAUGCCAUGUGAGUGAGAGCGUUGGCACCAUGGAGGUGAAGGUGCUGAGAACGUCGGGGGCUCGCGGCGUGGUCAUGCUGCCAUACAAGACGUUGGAGGGAACGGCACGAGGUGGUGGAGAGGACUUCGAAGACAUCCACGGCAUCCUGGAGUUUCAAAACGACGAGAUCUUUAAAACCAUCAAGGUGAAAGUAAUUGACGACGAGGAGUACGAGAAGAACAAAACCUUCUACAUAGAGAUUGGAGAGCCUCGCCUGGUGGAGAGCAAUGACACCAAAGGUCAGGAAGAGGAGGAGCAGCAGAAACCAGAAGAGGAGGAAGAAGAGGCGCUGACGGGAAAAGACGAAGAGGAACGCCGCAUAGCCGAGAUGGGCCGUCCCAUGCUGGGAGACCACGUCAAGCUGGAGGUCAUUAUAGAGGAAUCGUAUGAGUUCAAGAACACAGUGGACAAGCUGAUAAAGAAGACCAACCUGGCUCUGCUGGUAGGAACCAACAGCUGGAGAGACCAGUUCAUAGAAGCCAUCACUGUUAGCGCAGGUGAAGAUGACGACGAUGACGAGUGCGGGGAGGAGAAGCUGCCGUCGUGUUUCGACUACGUCAUGCACUUCCUCACCGUGUUCUGGAAGGUUCUGUUCGCCUUCGUCCCGCCCACAGACUACUGGAGCGGCUGGGCCUGCUUCGUCGUCUCUAUCUGCAUGAUCGGACUGCUCACCGCCGUCAUUGGGGACCUGGCUUCUCAUUUUGGCUGCACAGUGGGCCUGAAAGACUCCGUCACAGCUGUAGUAUUUGUUGCAUUGGGGACCUCUGUACCAGAUACAUUUGCCAGUAAGGUAGCUGCCAUCCAGGAUCAGUAUGCAGAUGCAUCCAUUGGUAAUGUGACAGGUUCCAAUGCUGUCAAUGUUUUCCUGGGCAUUGGGGUGGCGUGGUCCAUCGCCGCCAUCUACCACCACAGCAAGGGGGAGGAGUUCAGGGUGGAUCCCGGCACGCUGGCGUUCUCCGUCACACUCUUCACCAUCUUUGCCUUUAUCUGCGUGGCCACGCUGAUGUAUCGACGGCGGCCGGAGAUCGGUGGAGAGCUGGGCGGGCCCCGGACUGCCAAGGUCCUGACCACCAUGCUGUUCGUCAGCCUGUGGCUCCUCUACAUCCUUUUCUCCUCACUGGAAGCCUACUGCCACAUCCAGGGCUUCUAAGAUGUUUAGAGGUGACCAAGGGGAGGGUGGGACGGAAGAAGAACACGGAGGAAGAAACCUGGGGGGAAGUGAAGAACGGAUUGGUUUGAAAAUUGAGGAGGUCACGUGGAUCUAUUGCUCCCUCCCUUUUGCGCAAUAGAUUGAAUGAAUGGAUGGAUGUACAGAUGAAGGACUGGAGGAUGCAUUAAAGCACCUAAAAACAGAAUGGAAGGGGGCACGGAUGCAUGGAGGGACAACAAUAAAAAUGAGAAUCGCAAGAGCUAAAGACGUCGCUCAGAAGAUCGAAACAUGAUGUGAAAGGGAUUUAUAAAGGGAUUCAUUUUUUUUGUCUCGCUUUACAAAUUCAAACCAAUCAAGUUGUCUUAAACUCACUCUCAUAAUAAAUAAUCCGUAAAAGUUUCAAACACGCGUACACAGAAAGAAACACACUGUGGUUCAACCAUACAGAUAUCUAAGGGUGUAAGGGAGUGAGCGCGUGCCAUCACAGCUCCAAGCCACUAUCAUCUUCCGGUUGGAGAGCAAAGCACCUCUUGCGUCCAGCUAUAUCAACAGGCACGAGGGAGACAUAAAAAAGACAGAAUAACUGCAUCAGUAUGUACAUGCAUGACCAGACAAAACUGAAAAUCCAACAGAAACCGGAUCCAUUGCCACAACUGUUCAAUGACGACAAACUGUGUGCGUGCUGGUGUGUGACAGUGUGUUUCUGUGCUUGUGUGUUGUAAGAAGAAGGUCAAGUACUGUGAAAAAUACGCCUCUCGUUUUGCUGUCGCUGCGUGAGACGGAAUAUGCUUUCGUGCCCGACGUCCUUUUGACUCUCGCUCUCCCAGCCUGUAGAAAUGCUGAGUAAGACUCUGUUAUGGGAGGGCACAUUCAGUGAGGCGACACGCCAAUGAGUUUAGACAUGUAAAUACAAAGAGCUGAACGUACAUUACAGCUCUACUAUUUUCCUUCUGAAUGUCUUGGUUCCGCCAUACGCUCCUGAACGGGCCCUCUUUCUGUCGCUUUAUACUGUAGAUGUAAAUGAUUUAGGUCUAAUUUGAAUCCAGAAGGGGUUAGUGUGCUUUUACCUUUAAUAAGGCCGCGUCUGAAAAGACAAAAUGGCCGACUCUACCGUUAAAAACUGUUAGAGAAACUAUUAACAUUGCAUAAAUAUCUAGGUUUAUCUUAUGUGUUUGUUUCUGUUUUGCUUUUGUUUUAAACUGUGGAGUUCUAUAACCUGGUUUACCACCAAUGGGAUUGCCACCAUUAUUUGUCAGUCAUUGCAAUAGACUUUGAAAAACGUAGGUACCGCCCUCAGUGAAGCCUCAUAGGCCUUCUGCUUCAUAUUCGUCUAUGCCGCCAUCUAUCUCACUUUGAUGCCGCUUGGUUCACGCAACAGCUUUCGCCAAUAUCCCUGUGUGUCUUAAGCACCUCCCCCUGGCUGGUCAGUGGACCAAUCAAAAUCCUCAAGGGCUGUGUAACAAACAACCACUACUCCCUAACCCAACCCUUGAUUUAUAAUUCUUUACAUAGAUUGGUCAUUUUGGGGGCUUAUGUUGCUAAACCUUUUACAUUAACUCCUCAGUUAGUAGGGCUUCACCGCGACAUCAAAAAGAUAAAAAGAUAUGAAAUAAUACUUACAUGGCUUCAUUAUCUCACGAGUAUCCAGACUUAUCUACAUAUUGAAAGAAACAGCCUGCUGGUCCAAAAUACUCAGUCAGACGAGACUUCAACCUUUCUUGUUGGGAGUCUUUGCCGGUAAAAAUGCGAAGACUUCCAACGACUUGCAGUCAGCUUUAUGUGCAAGAAAAACAUUCAUGCUAGGUUCUCUCCCACAUCACCUCUUCUCAUCAUUAUGCCUAAACACUCUAGCUUUCUAGCUGCAUAGUGAAGGCCUUAACCCAAAGGAAGCAAUUAACAUCUCACCUUAUAUUAUUUCUUUAUUCAAGGGUAUGUGUUUGCUCUUAAAUAAGGAACCAUAAUGUAAUAUGCAUGAUUCACGUUUUGAAGUUGAAUGAAAACAACCUUUAACACGUUCUUUCAGCAGACAGUUUUCAGUCUUAACAUGAAAGCCAUCAGAGGAAGGAAUAGUUGGACAUGUGUUUGGACAUUGGACAUAAUGUACUUCUGUUCUGAGAUCCUAUUACAACCUAUAUGAUGUCCUGUAUGCUGGAAAAUUCCCUGGGCCCCGUAUCAAAAAGUGAGUUCAGUUUAAUAGUCAGGCUCUUAAUCUUGGAUAAACAAGGGGCUCUGUUGAGGUGAAACUGUCAAAUGUUGAAACAUCAACUCUCACAAACAAGGUCCACAAUGAAGUCAAAUCUACCGGUUUGAUGGAAAACGACACCAACUGUAUCUCAGCUCUAUUCAGACUGAAUUUCGAGCUUCAGUUUGAUCGCUGGUCUGUGUGCAUGAUGGGAGAUGGGUGCAUUUUUCUCCAUCUACAAAAAUGUUGUAACAGUUGAAAAGGUAACUGGAGGUUGUGUAAACACUACGUGGGCUGUCUGGGGACACUAGCUGCCAAAAAUGACCUCAAGCAAGUGCACAAACUAGACACUAGAAAACUAAGCAGUAAAACAACCCACAUUUAACAGUAGUAAAUGCCAAGGCAUGACAAGGAGACAUUAUUGAACACUAACAGAAUCUGAAUCCUCUUUAAUGAUUCAGUAUUAGAAACAUGAGAAAUAAAUCCCAAAACAGAACAAGUUAAAGAGGCACAAUAUAAAUCUUCAAGCAUACCUUGACUGUCAGAGAGGUUUAGACUUCAGACUGUUAAUUGCUUUACUCGUGCAGCCAAAAUCAAUGAUCUCAGCGUCCACAAAACUAAUCUGUAUGUUGCCAUUGUAAAAGUCAGUAGUUUGUUGGACGGCACUGCUGUAUGCGUUUGAAUUGGCCAGAAUUUCCCUGCUGACGUUGUGUUUUUUACUCAGUGUAUAAUAUAAUAAAUAGAAUUCUUAAUGUCAUCUGUAGAGUAAGUAGUCGGGGCUAGAUGUAAUCCAUUUUGAACUUUGCAACAAUCUUGUCACAAACAGCUUUCAAGCCCUGUGAGAGAGUAGAGCUGAGCAGGGCCCUGGACUGGAUGAGUUUGGCAAAUCCAGAGUAGCUUGAGGAUAGAUACAGAUUGAAUGUCCGAUUCUCCAAAUGAUGGAUGAUGCUCCAAAGAGGUCCGACACGGCACAAAAAUCAGUUUAACACUCCUGUGUUGCUGCAGACUUUUGUUGUUGCAGCAUAACACCAGAGGAGCUUUUUUGUAGUUCUAGUAACUGCUUGAAGAAGACCUCCCCUUUAUUUGUGCCUGUAUUCCAGGAACUGAGAACUUCAGAGUUUAUUUUAAGGUCAUUUUGAGCUUUUAUUUCAGUACACGAGGAACCUUGAGUGAUGUAACUGUUCAGUGACUAGCCUAGUUGGAAGUGUGUGCUGAUUGGGUGAACACAUGAAUGCUGAAAUGGCAAUUAUCAUUUUAACGAACCUAAACAUUGGUAAAACAUUCAUUAAGAAAUGAACCAGUAAUGAAGUUCAUGCUCUUUGUUGUGCAGAUAUUAUGUUGUUAGACCAGCCACUGAACAGCUAUCACAUCACUUCAGAGUCCCUAUAGGCAGUGAAAUUACAGACAGACAAAAUGCCCCUGAAGAGAUGUGGUUCUUAAGAGUUUCUCAGAACUGUUUUGGAGCAGACAUUUAUAUCAUCUCUUAACGAUGAAAUAAUCUUUUGACGGCCAAACAAAUACAUAAAUGAGAUUACUCGCAUUUGCCAAACUCUGCACAAUGUCCGGCUCUCCGUUAGAGUAGCUGUUCUCAUGCGAAGGCCUUGGAGUGGCAGUUUACCCCUGUUUUGCCAAAGGGAAAUCUUUCUAUCAGAAACUUAAUGUUUGCAGUCCAAACUGUAAAUUCUUUUCUAACCAAUGGAUAUUUCUUAAAAUGCCAAAUAUUAUUCAUAUUUCAUUAACAAUCUGAGACGUGACAAGAAAGCAUUGUUGUUUUAACCUAACCCAAAUCUUUCUAUUUAAAUUUGUAUGUAUUUGUCUCUUCACUGGCAUGGAGUUGAAGGUUUAGACACUGUAAAAAAACAAACAAACAAAAAAGAUAGUUUACGCAAAAAAACAAAACAAAAAAAAACACAAACAUUGAAGCUGUUGCAUCCAUUUUUGAGUAACUUCAACAGGGUAUAAAUCAUGUUGGAUUUACUUAAAAUGCGCCUGCUACCUAAUUUGUUAGAUUCUAGAGCAAGAAUUUAAGGCUUGCAGUAAUGUAGUUGUUUGCAUCAAUUCAUUUGUUGCACAAUAUUCCAGAAGCUAACGUUUCUUAUUUGUGUGAGGUUAGCUCUGUUGCUACACCGGCUUUGUUUUACCGCCGCUCUCGAUGUACCUACCUUGGCUUAAAAGCUGGUCUGAUGUGAAGCUAAAUGCUAAUUGACGACAGCUGUCCACAGGGUUUUAAGGAGGAGGGAAGCUGAACCUGGCUAACAAACAUUUGUCUGCUUUGCCUGCUGCGAUCGUAAUGCUGCCUUCAAAUGGAACUUGUGAGCUUGUGACAUGAGAAGACGUGCACUCAAAAACAUCGUCGUGAGAACAUGGUUUUUAGCCACACUUGAGCAAGCCAAUGAAGAUAACAUGAUGUUGGAAAUGUUACGGCGAACUGAGAAAAUUAGGCUGUCGGGAAUCUAAUCAUAGUCCUCAAAAAAACAUUAGCUAUGGUUAAAAUACAAUGUCUUAACUCACCAGCCACCAAAAAUUGACUCCUGUUGAUUUGAAUCAGAUCUACAAGGGUCCAGUUCUGUUCAAUGUCAAUUAAUUUAGCGGUAAUUCAGUUUAGCAACAAAUUUUGCAUAAAACUAAAUCGAAUGCUGUCAUUGGUUCCACAAGUUUGUGGUAUUUCCAGAAUAUUUUUCCUCUACCUGGUACAUCUUGCAUAUGGCCUAGCCUAGUCAUACUGCCUACUGCCGUUGGUUAGGCUAAGUAUCUGGUGUCUUCUGGUUGGUUGCUAGCUGGUAGCCGACUGCUAGCCUGCUUCAGUUGGAUUGGCUUCUAACUUGGCAUAAGGGACCCAAUCAAAAUGGGUUUGAAUCUGCAAAUUGAAUUUUUUAAACUUAGCCUUAUUCCGCUAUGUCCUCCACCCUUUCUGAAAAAAAAGGAACAUUACAAGAAAAAAUUGUAAACACCACAAGAGGGGACUGUGCAUAUCUACCCUUCUCAUCAACACAGUAAACACAAACCCAAUUGAAGGCAUCGUAAGUAUCCAGCUAAGUUACUUCUCAUCUGAAGCAACGUGUUCAGGCGAAGAGUUGCAAUAGUACUUGAAUUUAGCUUCCUACCUUGGUUUGGACCUCUGGGGUUUGAAGGGUCUAACGUUAGCCAGGCCACCACUGUACAUAUAACACUAAGAGCAAGCAAUGGUGGAAAAUUAGCUGUGGAUUACAAUCAUUUUGCUUUAUUACUAAACUCUUCUAUGGUGGAGUUUGAAGAAGAAUUGGGCAGGGUUUGAAAUGAAGGAAAAUCAUUGCACUGGUUCUCAUCACUCAUGUGAAAUGGUUACUAUGUUGUUUGGUUAACCAAGUUGCUUCUGGUGUAUACAACAACAGAGAUUUUGUUUUAUGACUGAUUUACACUAUACACAAUAAUGAUGAUGUAAAAAAACAAAAAAAAAAACAACAAAAAAAAAAUGAGUGGUGGUUGUGAACCAUUAACGAUGUUGCUUCUAAUGUAAAGGUUCAUGAUACGUUUUUGUCGCCUCCUUCACUUCUUAACUGACUGUCUCUUUGACAGACUGAGGAAUAGAUAAAUGCAACACCAGGCAGACAAACAAACGAGUGAAAGGAAGGACAGACACCCCUGCUUGUGGUACGAGCCGUGCAUCGUCACCGGAGACUGACGAGAUUAACGUACGGUUGGAUUUAAAAAAAAAAAAAAAACGUUAUGGAGCUAUUCUCUACUGUUAAAUUUAACAAGUACAAUGUAAAUGGAUGUUGAGAAUGAAGAUGAAGAGGAUGAAGAUGAAAAUAAAAUAUAUAAAUAUAAAAACAUGAAGUUACAGCCAUAAAUUGAUUUCUGGGUCAGUGAGACUGAAAUGGACUUCUCCUGCCCAGCAUGUGUAUUGUUAUGGUGUCUUAUCUGUCCCUCUGUGUCUCUUCACCCUCUCUUUGUCUUUCUUUCUCGAGCUCUCUGCCGCUAAAGUAACCAAAACAGGCAGCGAUCCUUUCGUUCUGUACUCCCUUCCCUCCUUCUUUCCCGAAGACCCCUUUUUACCCUCCGUCUCCCUUCGCCAAGUUUUCCAUAUUUCGGAAUGUCAAUGUGCUACUUGUUGACACUGUGCAUGAAUGAUAACAUGUCUGUAUAUAGUUAUAGAGAAUCGUAUCCCAUUCCCCUGGUGUUGACAAAAAAAAAGUGGUCUGAAUGUUGUACAGAUUCAGGUUUUCUGUUCAUCUUUGAUCCUGUUCAGUUACAUUUUUGUAACGUACGUAGAGCUUAAUGACAUUUUGUUUUUAAUUUAAACGGACGUCUUUUGUUUGGGAGUAACUUGCACAUGACUGAUUAACUAAUUAAGGUUAUAUUUUUGUUGAAAAAGGCAAUAUCUGCUGUUAUUGAAUGAGAGAUGAGAUCUUAAAGGAGUUAUGUAUCUUAAAUAAAUAAUCUAUACAGGAGCUGCAUGGGUUAUUUGUACAAAAAAAAGAAAAAAAAGACACUGCUUGCUACUUCUUCUAAUACCGUGGCUGUAUUCUCUGACAGAGGACGAGGAAUACUGUAUGUUAAAGGUUAUUUUGUCAUUAAAGAAAUAAUAAUAAUAUUGUGUAUAUACUGUACAGUGUUAUAAGUGAGGUGGACCGUGUGGCCAUCACGCUAACCAUAGAGAAUUAAUUCUUCAUAUUUAUUUAAAGGAAACAAAAAUGCUCACUACACUCAAGAAUGACAUAUAUUGCCUUUUAUGGAGAAGUCGUAGUUUGCUUAAGGGUUGUCUCUCUAUCUCUGCCUCGCUCUUUCUUUUUGUUCAUCUGCUGUCUUCUCCACUCUCCCCAUGUGCUUUUAUUUUUUGGUUUCAGGAGUGUUUCAGAUGGGCUUUUGUCAGUGUUUGAGUCUGUCUGUCUGUCUGAUCUGGUAUACUGUACAUCUGACCCAACAGUAUCUGCUCGUGACCACCCGUUUUCUGUCUUCUUACAUGUACGUCUAUUGUCACAUAGAAUAAUGUAUCCGCCCGUCUGACCCUCUCACAGGAUUACUUAUCUGUGUUUAAGUCGCCAUCUGUCUGAUUCGGAACCAUCUGGUAUUGUUAUUUUUUUUUUCUUGGUUGCUUAAAACCCUCCUCAGUUCAUUUUCUCUUUUCCAACUAACAUACUUUCCCUCCAUCCGUCCAUCCUUUCUUUCUUUCUUUCUUUCUUUCUUUCUGUCUUUCUUUCUUUCCUUCUUUCUUUCUUUCUUUCUCUGUCCUUCUCUUCGCUGUCCAAGGUUGUAGUCGAGGCUUUCAUGUUCGUUCAUUUGCUUUGGUGUUUUUUUUUUUGUUUAAAUGGAACAAUAACCACAACAGUUUGAUAACGAUAAUGAAGAUAUUCUUUUUAUUUCUGUGUAUUUUUUUGCAGCUGUUCCUCUGUGUGUGUGCAUUUAUUAAUUUUCUUUAGUUUUUUUUUUUUUUUUUUUUUUUUUAAUAUUAUGUUGUUAUGUUAGUUUUGUUGAACACCAACUGAUAGGAGGAAAGUUGUUGUAUGUGUGUCGCCACUAACUGUGACUGCUCUCCAUGGUACCUGGUACUUCUGAUAAAACCAGUAAAAUAAAGUUUGGGAUACCCUGUUUCAGAGA